CCGCCACAGCUCGCCAUGUCCGGGUCCCCGGUGAAGCGGCAGAGGAUGGAGAGCGUGCUAGACCAGCUCAAGCAGUUCACCACCGUGGUGGCCGACACGGGCGACUUCCACGGUGAGGCUGCGCUGGCCCCGAGCUCCGAGAGAGGGGCUUCGUGCGCGCUGAGCGCCGGCCGGCCCCGGGCCAUCGAUGAGUACAAGCCCCAGGAUGCCACCACCAACCCGUCCCUGAUCCUAGCCGCGGCGCAGAUGCCCACCUACCAGGAGCUGGUGGAGGAGGCCGUCGCCCACGGCCGGAGGCUGGGCGGAUCACAAGAGGAACAGAUUACAAAUGCUACUGAUAAACUUUUUGUGCUGUUUGGAGUAGAAAUACUGAAGAAAAUUCCAGGCCGCGUAUCCACAGAAGUGGAUGCAAGGCUCUCCUUCGAUAAGGAUGCUAUGGUGGCCCGCGCCCAGCGCCUCAUCGACCUGUACAAGGAGGCUGGGAUCAGCAAGGACCGGAUUCUGAUAAAGCUGUCGUCUACCUGGGAAGGAAUCCAGGCUGGAAAGCAGCUGGAGGAGCAGCACGGCAUCCACUGCAACAUGACGCUGCUCUUCUCCUUUGCCCAGGCCGUGGCCUGCGCUGAGGCGGGGGUGACGCUCAUCUCCCCCUUCGUGGGCCGCAUCCUCGACUGGCACGUGGCCAACACGGACAAGAAGUCCUUUGAGCCCCUGGAGGACCCCGGAGUGAAGAGCGUCACCAAGAUCUACAACUAUUACAAGAAGUUCGGCUACGAGACCGUCGUCAUGGGCGCCUCCUUCCGCAACACGGGCGAGAUCAAGGCCCUGGCGGGCUGCGACUUCCUCACCAUCUCACCCCAGCUCCUGGGGGAGCUGCUCAAGGACCACAGCAAGCUGGCGCCCACGCUCUCGGUCAAGGCAGCCCAGGCCAGUGACCUGGAGAAGGUCCACCUGGACGAGAAGGCCUUCCGCUGGCUGCACAACGAGGACCGCAUGGCCGUGGAGAAGCUCUCGGACGGGAUCCGCAGGUUCGCCGCGGACGCUGUGAAGCUGGAGCGGAUGCUGAGGGAACGAAUGUUCAGCGCGGAGAACGGAAAAUAGCUUGGCACCUGAGGCUGGACCACAGAUAUGCCGCCGACUUUGAAUUGGGGCCUAAUUGCACAUAUGCCUUGCGACGAAUCUUGGAUUUUUUUUACUAAUCGGAGCGGGGAUUAAUCACAGAUUUCUGAUUUUAUGUAAAAUUCUGCUCAGCGCAUUAAAGGUGUCACUUUUCGUUC